AUGUCUCUUCCAGCUUCAUUUGACCUUACUGCCGAGGAUGCUAAGCUGUUAUUAGCAGCCAAUGUUCACUUGGGUGCCAAGAACUGCCAGGUGCACAACGAACCAUACGUCUACAAGACCAGACCAGAUGGUGUUAACGUUAUUAACAUCGGUAAGACCUGGGAGAAGAUUGUUUUGGCUGCCAGAAUCAUUGCUGCCAUCCCUAACCCAGAGGAUGUUGUAGCUGUCUCUUCCAGAACUUUCGGACAAAGAGCUGUGCUGAAGUUUGCUUCUCACACCAACGGUUCCGCCAUCGCUGGACGUUUCACUCCAGGUUCUUUCACCAACUACAUCACUAGAGAAUUCAAGGAGCCAAGAUUGAUCAUUGUUACCGACCCAAGAACCGACUCUCAAGCCAUCAAGGAGUCUUCUUACGUCAACAUUCCUAUUAUCGCUUUGACCGACAUGGACUCUCCUUCUGAGUUUGUCGACGUUGCCAUUCCAUGUAACAACAAAGGUAAGCACUCUAUCGGUUUGAUCUGGUACUUGCUGUCUAGAGAAGUCCUGAGAUUGAGAGGUGUUUUGCCAAACAGAACCGAGGCUUGGUCCGUUAUGCCAGAUCUGUACUUCUACAGAGACCCUGAAGAAAUUGAGCAAACCGCUGAGGAGGAGGCUGAAGCCGCUGAAGGUGCUGAGUUUGAGGUUGAAGAAGAGGAGGUUGAGCAAGAAUGGCAAGAACCUGCUGAGGCUGACUGGAACGCUUCUGCUCCUCCAGCCGACUGGAACGAUGCUGCCAAUGCCGAGGCCUUUUAA